AUGGAUUCUGUAAUCCAUGCUGGGUUAGGUUUCAAAAAAGGCACUGCUACAGACACCGAACUACACCAACUUUUGGGUAUAAUACCUAACCUAAUCUUCCUUACCAUCGAUCACAUCUCUCCAGCCGCAUAUGUCGUUGUUCUUAAAUCGUUUUCAGUACAUUACGGCACAAGAUGGCAUGAGAAUUCCUCCAUAACUCUGCACCCCGUCUUCCUCAAUUAUGAAGUUCCAUUUGAUGCCCCAAUUCUUCGCCUGUAA